CCAUCGCCUCCCUGCGUGAGACCGCCGAGUGGCUGGAGACCUUCCACGGCUACAUGAUCAUGCUCAUCUCCUACUUCAUGGCGGGCGGUACGGCGGCCCUGGCGCAGAUGUGCGUGGCGGGACAGCCCACCGGCAUCGCCGGAGUGGCUGCUGCACUGGGUAUGGAGGCUGCUGUGUUCGUACGCUGCUGGCGUAUGACGGGGGAGGCGCUGCCGCCCACCCCCGCCUGCCUGGCGCUGAUAGCCGUGGCGGCGUUGAUGGCGGCGUACCAGCCGUUGGUCGGGGCCUGGGGCAUCGUGGGCGGAGUCCUGGGCGGCGCGCUGUCCGGGGUGCUGGCGUACGACGUCUUGUACGGCAUGCGAGUGGUGCUGGGCGUGAGCAUGCUGCUAGCGCUGGCGGGCUGGGAGUUCCUGACGUGGCUGCCGCAGGUGGUGUGGCAGUGGUUGGUGGUCGCGGGGAUAGCGGUGUGGGAGGUGGUUAAGGUGAUUGUGCAGGCGGUGCGGGGAGUGUGAGGAGUGUGAGGAGGUCAGAGGGAGAAAGAGAGAUGCGGUGGGAGUUGGGGAGAGUUGAGGUGGUGGGAGUGGCUCGGGAGAGGAGAAGAGAGCGAGCGAAUAGGGAGUGGGCUGCUUGAUGGCAGCACAAGAGCUUGCAGAGGAGGAGACGUGUGAAGGUUGCGGCAUACUGAGCUGUUUAAUUCACGCAUUGGCUUCAGCUGGCUUGCCCUCCAUGCAUGUUGACUGUUGCUUCUGCAGAUAGCUUUUCACGUAGCCCAAUGCGACUUACGUGACAGGCUCAUGCAUAAAGCUCUUAAAGGAAGGUCUUUGAGGCAAACUUCCGACAAUUGUGUACCG